AUGCAUCCCAACACUCUGACCAUGGUACUCCUGUUCGUCUCCAACAGUGCAGCUAUCUCCAUCGGCUCAGCCAGUAACUUCGGCGCCUGCGCUGGCCAAACCGUCACCUCGACCGGGAACACGGUCAUCGUCGGGUCCGUCGGCACCUCACCCGGCACCUCAAUCACCGGGUUCCCACCGGGCCAGGCCACCUCGCUCAACCGGGCCAACUUUGCCGCCCGCAGGUGCAUCGCGGACAUCUCGACCGCGUAUGCAGCGUGCAAGGGGGCCCUCGCUCCGGUCAUGCUGACAGGUCAGCCGCUGGAUGGCAAGGUCCUGUCGCCGGGAACGUACAGCUAUGCCACUACAGCGGCGCUGAAUCCCGGCGCGACGCUCACGUUCGAUGCGCGUGGAAUUUCCACUGCCGAGUUCGCCAUCCAGGUCGGCACCUCGCUUGACCUGUUCAGCAACAGCAAGAUCCUCCUCACCAACGGCGCAAGGGCCUGCAAUGUCAUUUUCUGCGCCGGCAGCUCUGUCGUCAUCGGCACUAACGCCGGCGUCAACGCCACCAUCGUGGCCUACACGAGCAUCAGCGUUGCCAACGAGGCGGCGAACAGAGGUGGCUUGUAUGGCAUCAAUGGCGCCGUAACCUUGAUUAACAAUAGAAUCAACUCCUGUUCCCAGCCGUUGUUGGAUCUAUCUGUGUCCAUCGGUUAA